AUGCCUGGGCAAACCACGAGGGGCUCACUAGACGCCACUCCUCCGGAUGGCUCUAUGCGCUAUCUUGGAAUCUGGCUGGACCGCAAGCUGGGUUUCCAGAAACAAGUGGAGGUCAUGGCGGCUAAGGCACGACGAGUGGGCGGCGGGAUACGGGCACUGAGCAACACAGUCAGAGGUGCCCUGGUGGAGCUACUGAGACAGGCUGUGCGAGCCUGCGUGCUCGCUUCGCUAUAUUAUAGAGGCGAGGCCUGGUGGCCUGGCAUCUCUCGAACGACAAGAAGAAGAGAGAUCUCCAACAAAAUGACCAUGCGUUGCAACCAACUAGAACUCGUACUGCGGCGGCCCUCCUGGGUCUGA